AUGGUGUUCAUUCCACCGCCUGUUCUCAAGGCCACCGUCAUAGCCUUCAUCGGCGAUCUGUCCGACCGCAAGUGGGACAGCCUCCCAGGUUACUUCACGUCCGACGCAAACUGGUGGACCAGCGGCAACCCGGACCUCGUUACGGGUGCGGGCACCACCACCGUCACCGAACACCUGCCGCUACUAUCUGGGCUGGCCGACCAAUUCACCGAUUACUCCUUCGACAUCGUCAACAUCGUCGGCGACACGGGCAGGGUCAUGCUGGAGGCCCAGGCCAAGGGUCUUGGCCCGCAGGAUCUGGUGUACAUCAACAACAUCACCAUGUCGCUCAAGAUGACCGACGCCGGGAAGAUCGCCGACAUGAGGGAAUACCCCGAUCAUGUGGAGAUCAACUGGCUCAUCCAGUGGUUCCAGGACCACCAGAGCAACUCGACUUCGGCGAAGAGGCAUUAG